AUGGGCGACUUAUUGGAAGCAGACAUUACCUCCACGCUCGACGCGUUGGUGGCUGACGGAGUGGUUGUGUGCGGACCCUACAAGACCAUCGACUGCGAGGAUGAAGGCUACCCAGUACAGUUUAGAAUUUGCCCUGCCCUCUUGACGAAGCCUCACACUGUAGGCGCAGCGCUUAGCCCCGCUUUCGAUAAAAGUCGCAGAUGGGGUCCAGGCAGCGACAUGAUCCUCCCGAACGAACGGAUCAUCAUUACACAGCUGAAUGGCACGCACAAUUUGGCCUUAAACUUGUUCUGUCAUCAGCCUCUCGAUAGCAACGACUUCACGGCUACGCUAGAGGUGUUGAGACAAUCGCCUAAUAUGUAUGUUAUCUACAACUGCAGCGAGGCUGGUGGAUGUAGUCGCAUGCAUAAGCACUUGCAGGCACUUCGAGGGCCACCACACGCGUUCGAUGCUUUGAUAAGUCCCAGCGAAGCAAAGUCGAAAAGGACUCCUUUUCAAUAUUUUGCGCACUGCUUUAAUCAAGGCUUCAAAAGAGCGUCAACGUUAGAUUUGUUGGACGUAUACGCCAAGUUUUUGGAUCAGACCCGAAAGGUUCUUGGCUUGGUUGAAGGUGAUGUAUGCCCCCACAACGUUGUUCUUUGGGGGGAUUGGAUCAUCGUGAUUCCUCGGAGAAAAGGGAUUUGGAAAGGAGCAAGUGCCAAUGCUGCAGGUAUGGUCGGAUCUAUAUGGGUUCCAGAAAAGAAAUAUAUAGACAACUGGCUACGACUCGGGUCUGCAAAUGUGUUAUGA